UGGACCCCGCCACAGGUGCGGUCAGGAGGCUCAAGUCCAAGGGAUAUCAAGACGACAGGAUAUAUCGAAUAAAUUAACCAUCAACGGAUUAAAAGACUCACAAAGCCUCAUACUGGGGCCUUAAAUCAUAGUCUUGACUCAUAUCGGCUUAAGAACGAUACAAUAGCGAGCCGCCAUGGAUCUGGCUUAUGAUCAUAUCACAGAAGAUGGCUACGCUAAGAAGACGGAGGAGCCAAAGAGUCCCCAACCUCAGUCAACGUUGAAUGAGGACCUCCAAGACGCAUAUAAGGCCUUUUCCAACAGUCCAUGGGGUGCCAGGAUUGGUGGCUUCUUUGGCAAUGUUGUGAAGCAGGGCGAAUCAGUAUAUACACAAGCCUCCAAGGAGUUGGCGGAAGUAGGUGAAGAUGCAUCAAAAGGACUUACUGGCCUUAGAUCAACAAUUCUAAGCCAUACAAGGAACCUUUCACUCAACACCGUGACUGGCGGCGAAAGCUCUAGAGACGGCGAGAAUGAUCAGGCCACCACACCUAGGGCAUCACAGGAUGGUUCAUCAGAGGCUAAACAGUCCGAGAACACCCUGGCUCGGCUCAGAGCUGAAGCUGCCAAGAGGUUAAAGGACCUCCAGAAAGCCGAGGAUGCCGCUGAUGAGGCCCUUAUCAAGUUUGGCGGCAAUGUCCGGAACUUCCUUCGUGAUGCCGUCAGUAUUGCACCUCCACAGGAAUCUGACCAGAGUGGCACUGUUCUCUUCGAGAGUAAGGAUGCUCAAGGCAAGCGUGUGAUUCAUACAUCAAGAUUUGAUGCUCAACUACACGUUAUUCAUACAUCGACGGAGAGUUUCACAAAAGAUCCCAAUAGUGCUGAUUAUGCAGCGUGGUCAAAAGAUUUUGAUGCUGAUAAGAAAACACCUGAAAUCAACGACGAUCUACAGAAAUUCCCCGACUUGCGAGCUACUAUGGAGAGGUUGGUUCCUGACCAGGUUCCCUACGUUGACUUCUGGAAGCGCUACUAUUUUCUUCGUCAUGGUAUUGAGACAGCUGAGGCUAGACGACGAGAUCUUCUUAAGGCUGCCUCCGCUGAGGAUGAUGUUGCUUGGAGUGAUGAUGAUUCCGACGAGGAUGACUCUGACGCUUCCGAUGAUACUAGUACACCCGCGGCUAAGACUAAGGUUGAGACCAAGGUUGAACCCAAGGACGAGCCCAAGACUACCCCUGCUACCCCCUCAACCACUGCCACUACUGCCACCACUGUCACCACUACCCAACCUGCAAAAACCCUCUUGAAGCCAACUGAGCCCCGCAAGUCAAAUGACGAGAAGUCACAAGCGGAUAGUGAGGCUAGCUACGAUGUUGUCGGUGCAGCAUCUGGCAAGACAACACAGACUCCCAAUAGCCCCAAGGAUCCUAAGGACGCCAAGAAGAAGGAGGAGAGCAGUGAUGAGGAAGAUGAUAGUGACGAAGACGACUCAGAUAGCGAUGAGGACUGGGAAUAGACGUUGGAAAUCCCAGUAUAUGUUUCAGAGGAUAGGAUUGUCGCUGUCCAGUUUGGCGUUCGGAAUUAGUGAAACCAUUGUGGCAUGUUGAAAGAACCAGAGCCUGUAACUUGUGGGUACCAAUGCCAGAAACUCGUUUUUGAUGUUCCAUUGCUCCCCCAUUUUGUUUUUAUGUCUUUGUUGCGUUUAUUUCUUCUUCUUGGUGACCAUCGUGAAGCCAUCCUCGUCGACCUGAGGCUGGGGCUUCUCCUUAGGAACCGCAACCAGAGGGGGGGCCUCAUCCAUCUCGACAUCAGCGCCACCCUCGUCAUCCUCUGAAUCGUCUUCAUCGCUCUCCCAGUCUGUGUCCUGGUCGGCAUCCUCAGCCUUCUUGAAGAUACCCUCAACCUUUGUCCCCUUGCGGUUCAACCAGCGUGUGCGCAGAGCCUUGACCUCGUCAAAGGUUCCGAGAGUGCAGCUCGCGCGAGCACGGAGAAUGUUUCCAGCAACUUCUGUGCCGGAAUCGUCGUCGACGUUGACCUCGAACUCGUCAACCAUGAUCUGGAGCAGGACAGUCUCAACCUCUUCUAGAUCAGGAUCCUCGGGAACCUUUCCAUUCUUGGGAGGUGUAUCGGUAUAUUCUGGGAAGAGGUCGGCAACGGCACCGGCAAACCAAUCGCGCUUGUCGGCAGAGUCGGGACCACCCCAGCCGUUCUGGACUGAGAGUGUAAGGGCAGGCCAUAGGUGAAGGGCGUAUGCGACGGCUUGCUCGAACUCGGAUUGGCGUUCAGCUAGAAGAUUUAGAUCAGCUUCUGUCGAAUGUUUGGCGUCAGGGUCUAGACUCACCCGCCGGAGGCAUCUGUGCAGGUUCUGUAGAGGCCAUGAUUGUGGUGAUAGCUUUGGCGGGGUUUGGAGGGGCAAUUUGAAGAAGAUGGCUCUGCAUAAAAAUUUUGGUGUUUUAUCGAUUAGACCCCUGCGACCCAGAGAAGCGGCCCACAUAUUCAAUCCUGCCUAUCCCUUGAUCAUCAGGGAGAGACCUAAUUUUGUCUUGUCCCUGGUAAUAACAUCAAGUGCAUUAUCUAACAAGAAAUGUAAUGAAUACAAUAUACGAAUUGGCAGGGUCUUAGUAUUACCGAU